AUGGAAGAGCAACUAUGUCCGUCGCCUGCCAGGUAUGGUUUAAGCCUUGGCGUGGAUCUGGAGAGUGAGGACUGCCUGGAACUCGUGCAGGAGGCCUGGAAUGCACCGCUUCCAUCGAGCUGGACAGAGUACAUGGAUGAGUCAGGGCGCGCAUACUAUGUCAAAGAAGGAGCCAGCAGCUCGACAUGGGAACAUCCAGCAGAUCAGAUCUAUCGGAGCCUGAUCGCUCUGAUCCGGAAGGCUCGCGUGGAAGCCGUGCCUAGUCGGCAGGAAAUGGUGCGAGAGCACUUGCAUGAGCGGCAUGAGGCUGCGAAGGCCGACUUGACAGGCUGGAGCGGGCCCUACGUGUCUGAUCAGGGCGAAUACUACUACAACGACCGUUUGAAGGUCAGCGCCUGGAACAAUCCCAUUGCAGAGUGGGAAAGCGAAUUGGCAAUGCGCCAUGCUGUCCUAGAGAG